GUGGGACCCAGCGAUUCGACCUGACGUCGACCCGAUUAGUUAUUAUCGAAAAAAAACUUGACGAGCCAGCGGCGCCCACGUUUGGACCGGGAGCCACUCUUCGAUCGCCUUCACCGCCCGAUAGCUUAGUGGCGGGCCCUGCGAAGCGCAAAUUCUCCCCCUCCGUCUCGCUCUUUUCUUUGCUCUGGAUCCUCCCCCAACCUCCCCCUCAGUUCCAUCCUUCUUCUCUUUUCCUCUUCAACUUCUCCCCCCUCCCUCCCCCCACUCUCUACCUCCGAUCUCCCUUUUACAUCCUCCUCAUCUAAACAAUGUCUGUCGUCGGUAUAGAUUUUGGUGCCCAGAGCACCAAGGUUGGUGUUGCCCGUAACAAGGGUAUUGAUAUUAUCACCAAUGAAGUUUCCAACAGAUCUACUCCUUCCCUGGUUGGCUUCAGCUCCAGGAGCAGAGCCCUCGGUGAGGCCGCCAAGACACAAGAGACCUCCAACCUCAAGAACACGGUCGGCAACCUUAAGCGUCUGAUCGGCCGCGCAUUCAGCGACCCCGAUGUUGCCAUCGAGCAGGAGUACAGCACGGCUCAGCUUUGCGAUGUCAAUGGCCAGGCCGGUGUCGAGGUCAGCUACCUCGGAAAGAAGGAGAAGUUCUCCGCGACUCAGCUUGUUGCCAUGUACCUCACCAAGAUCCGGGACAUCACCUCCAAGGAGCUGAAGCUUCCCGUCUCCGACGUCACCAUCAGCGUCCCCGCUUGGUUCACCGAUGUCCAGCGUCGCGCCAUGCUCGAUGCCGGUGAGAUCGCUGGCCUCAAGGUUCUCCGCCUCAUCAACGACACCACCGCCACCGCUCUCGGUUACGGUAUCACUAAGCUCGACCUGCCCGGUCCCGAGGAGAAGCCCCGCCGGGUCAUGUUCGUCGACAUUGGCCACAGCGACUACACUGCCUCCAUCGUCGAGUUCCGCAAGGGUGAGCUCAACGUCAAGGCCACUGCUUACGACCGCCACUUCGGUGGUCGUAACUUCGACCGCGCCCUGACCGAGCACUUCGCCGAUGAGUUCAAGGAGAAGUUCAAGAUCGAUGUUCGCACCCACCCCAAGGCCUGGGCUCGUACCCUUGCCGCUGCCGAGAAGAUGAAGAAGGUCCUGUCCGCCAAUCCUGCUGCUCCCAUGAGCAUUGAGUCCCUGAUGGAGGACGUUGACGUCCGCUCUAUCGUCAAGCGUGAGGAGCUCGAGACCAUGGUCAAGCCCCUUUUGGACCGGGUCACCGUUCCUAUCGAGGAGGCCCUGGCCGAGGCCAAGCUCAAGCCCGAGGACAUCGACUUCGUCGAGAUGGUUGGUGGCUGCACUCGUGUGCCCUCCAUCAAGGAGGCCGUCUCCAAGUUCUUCGGCAAGACCCUGUCUUUCACUCUCAACCAGGACGAGGCUAUUGCUCGCGGUUGUGCUUUUAGCUGUGCCAUCCUCUCCCCUGUUUUCCGUGUGCGCGACUUCUCCGUCCACGACAUUGUCAACUACCCUAUCGAGUUCACCUGGGAGCAGUCUGCCGACAUCCCGGAUGAGGACACCAGCCUGACCGUGUUCAACCGGGGUAACGUCAUGCCCUCGACCAAGAUCCUUACCUUCUACCGCAAGCAGGCUUUCGAUCUCGAGGCCCGCUACGCCAAGCCCGAGAUGCUGCCCGGCAAGGUCAACCCCUGGGUUGGCCGUUUCUCCGUCAAGGGUGUCAAGGCCGAUGCCAACGACGACUUCAUGAUCUGCAAGCUGAAGGCCCGCCUGAACCUGCACGGUAUACUGAACGUGGAGUCUGGAUACUACGUUGAGGAUAUGGAAGUCGAGGAGCCCGUGCCUGAGGAGGGUGAGGCUAUGGACACCGAUGCCAAGGACGGCGAGCAGCCCAAGAAGACCCGCAAGGUCAAGAAGCAGGUCCGCAAGGGCGACCUCCCCAUCUCUACCGGCACCACCUCCAUCGACGAGUCCCUCCGCAACACCUGGACUGAGCGUGAAAACGCCAUGUACAUGGAGGACAAGCUGAUUGCCGAGACCGAUGAGAAGAAAAACGAGCUCGAAUCCAGCAUCUACGAGCUGCGUGACAAGAUCGAUGGCGUCUACUCCGAGUUCGCCAGCGAGGAGGAGAAGGAUAAGCUGCGCGCUAAGCUGACUGACACCGAGGACUGGCUCUACGAGGAGGGCGAGGACACCACCAAGUCGAUUUACGUGGCCAAGAUGGAUGAGAUCCGCUUCGUCGCCGGCCCCAUCAUUCAGCGCUACCGUGAGAAGCAGGAGGCCGAGCGCCAGGCCCAGGAAGAGGAGGCCGCCAAGAAGCGUGCCGAGGCCGAUGCCAAGCGCAAGGCUGAGCAGGAGGCCAAGAAGGCCGAGGAAGAUGCCAAGAAGGCUGAUGAGAAGGCAGACACUGAGAUGCAGGAUGCCCCGGCCGAGGGCGAGAAGCCCGCUGAGUCCGAGCAGUAAAGUGCUCGACUGGUAGAUAUUGGUGAGCCCAGCUGUGGGAUCGCAGCUUGAUGACAAUGUGGUCACGAACAAUACAAUCAUGUUGAACCCCUUCAGUUGUUUGAUUCUUUUUCCUUAUUUCUUCUUAUUGUUGCCGACAGUCGGUACUGAUGUAGAACGACCUGAUUUCCCUCCAGUCGUUGCGUUUCCUCGCCAGGUUGUUGCGAUCUUUUUGGCCUGAUGGCCUGGUCGGCGGCGACGGCAGCUGGAGGGAUGAAAGACUUAGAUACGACAUGGCGAUGUGGAUAGAUCUGUUUGAAAAGUAUAUGAUUGGUAAUACAGAAUAUAUCCUUAUCAAUACCUCACAAAAUGAACCAUCGGUCC